AAAGAAGCCUUUGCACGUAAAGAACAUUUUACUCAGCCUGAACGGCGCUGUCUAGAAAAUAUAUCUAAAUUAUAAUAAUAAAUAGCAACAGAAAUGGCAUUACUCACGUAUUUAGAAAAAGUAUAAAAUCAAGGCUAACAUCAACCGAUGUACUCAAGCCAAGUCGAGUUUGUUGUCGUGCCACCUCGAGAACCACGUGUUUGUCCGAAAGGAAACAAAUGCCGAGUGUCACUUCGCAAAGAUCUGGCUGCUAUCAGAUGUGCAAGAAUUGAAUGACAUCAACAUAGACAUCAACCUUCUCGGCUUUUGAAGCAAUAACGGCGAUGGAUACGACGGCUGAGGAGCUUCCUGCAGCUCACGAGUCCAACGCUGCCAAACCGUCGUGCAACGGUACCGACAAAACCAUUUUGUUUCUUUCCUCCAUGGACAAAACUGAAACGACAAAUCCCGGAGCCAGCGUGAUCUGCAGCCAAGACGCUGUGAACGGUUGCGAAAUUUCAUUGAUCAGCGUAGCGUCGCAGGCAGGAGCUGCUAAAAGAAUGCAGAACGGAUGCGACGGAGACUUGUCGGAUGCCGUUCCGCCAGUAGCGGUGCCCGGGGUGUCGCUUCGUUUGGCUUCUGAAAAAGACGUACUGGCGUCGAAGGACGCGACAGAUAGAAACUCUGCGCUCAGGGGUCCAGAUGUGCUUACGGCAUCUGACGACAUUACGGAUACUGUGGACGGUACGCAAGCUGACCUCGCGCAGGUUGACGUUCAGCCGUUGGUUGACGGGGCCGGUACUAAUAACAACGCGGAGUGCUUUUCGCACCAGUUAACCUCGUUGCAGUUGAACGAAAAUGCUGCGGCUAACGCUUUGGCCGUCGCAAAUUUGGUGUGUGAUAUCUUAGACCGUGUCGAUAACUGCAACAAAAAUGAUGCGGCGGUGGAGUGUUCAUCUAUGGAUACUGAUGGCCAAAAUCAGCCCGUCGGUGGGGAGGAAAGGAACACAGGCUCUCUUCCCAACAGCUCAUCGCAGGUGAUCUCCAAAGCACCCCUGGUACCAUACAGAAACAACGAAGAGGACGUGUCGGCUGACAGCUCGUCAUCCUCCUCUUCAUCCUCGGACAGCGACGACGAUGUCAUCGUGACGCAAGUCCAGCGUCGUCCUGCCAAAGGAGGCGACUCCGACGGCUGCUCUGACGGCGGCGAAGUCAACGGCCUGGGGACGACGACCAAGCACUGUGCUAGUCGUGGCGGCGGCGGCAAGCCCCGCUACCGUGGCGUGAAGACUCCGGGCGAGCUGGACAUCGAGGACCUGCCCCCCAUCGAGGACUUGCACAUCACGCUGCCGCGCACCGAGCUCCGGCAAGCGGGCCGCGUCAAGCAUGCUGUUGACCAGUUGCUCGUCGUGGAGAGCGAACGAGGUCAGCCCGUGCUGGACCUGGACUCGGUGCUGUUCCGCGCCGACGGCACGGCAUUGGGACGCGUCUUCGACGUGCUAGGCCCCGUGGCAGCGCCCUACUACACGGUGCGCUUCAACUCCGCCCAGGAGCUGACCGAACGCGCCCUGGAGCCGGGUGAGCCGGUGCUCUACGCUCCGUUGCACGCGGACGUGACGCAAUAUGUGCUUGAAUCGGAGGUCCGCAAGCAGCGCGGCUCGGACGCCUCGUGGGAGAACAACAACGAGCCACCGCCCGAGCACCUGGACUUCUCUGACGACGAGCAGGAACGCGAGGUCCGCAAGCAGCUUCGAGCAUCCCGUGCUGCAGGCUGCGCACCGGCCGGUGCCGACGGCACGGGGGAUCGUCCUGGCUGCGACCAAAGGCCUCGUGGUGGUCCGAGGGGCCGUGGAAGGGGCAGAGGCAGAGGUGCACCCAGGGGCGGUCAUAACAGAGAGCAACAACCGAGGCAGCAGCCACCGGAGGCGGCCAACGGUGUUGUGCGUGAGCAAAUCGAUGGACCUCCAGCGCAUGUUCAUUUCCAGGAGAAUCGCAGUAGGCCUCAGUGGCCACCAUCGUUGGGCCCGCAGCAGCGGUGGCCUGGUGGCCCUGAGCCGGUGAGAUUCCAGCCAAGCCUACCACCACCACCUCAGAGUCCUUCACAGUUGCCGUGGCCUACAAGUCCGCAAGGUAACAACAGUGUGCCACACAUUUGGAACACCCCACCGCCAUCUUUGGCCAGGCCACCACCGCUACCUUGGCAGCAGAGCAGGCCAUGGCUUAACCAGUCUCCCGUGUUUCCGGACUUGAGGACCCCGCCGCCUAAUUUCGGCCGUGCAGUGCCACCACCUUGCCCUCCUCGAGCACCUUUUGCAAGCCCCCACAGACUGCAUGCCAACACUGCUGCGGGUAAUUCAGGCUACCGGCAGGCCAGUGCAGUGAGUCUUCCUGAUCCAAGUGCUCUACCGUCACCUGUUUACAACAGUGCAGGGCAGAGGGUGCCCUUGUAUGAUCCUGUGCCGGACCUUCAGCGCAUUCUUGCCACACCACCACCACCACCACCACCAUUAAAACGCUAAGGGGCAAUGUCAUUUUAGUACAGUGUUGUUCUCACAGUGGUUCAUGUGGUUUGCUUUUCAAAGAAGUGACUUAAUCAUGCCUGAUUUUUAUGUCUGGUUUGUUCAAGACAUUUAUGCUUGGAAUAUGUUGACACUGUCUGCCUUUCUACGGAUUGCAUGUUUUAUGAUUUGAUAGUGACAGUAACUUAAAAGCACACAAACACCUCAUUGUGUGAGUGCAACACACUUGCAUUGCAUUCCAUUACAUGUGAUGCUUAGUAUGAGAUGAUGUAUUAUGAAAGGAAAGACUGUCAUUAACCGGCACCACAGCAUGAAGCUAUGAAGGAAUCCUGUAUGGGGUUUUAUUUUAAAGCUUUGUGCUGCCUGCAGUCAGGUGGGUGACAAUAUUCUCUUUUGUCAACCUUCCUCCAUAUUGUGGGCUUCUGCAGAAUUGAUUUGUCAUGUUCGGGAUCAUGUAUUUGCAAGGGGUCAUGUAUCUGCACUUAAACAUUGUAGUGCAUAAAGUUGGAUAUAAUUUGCCACUUUUGCAUGUAUUGCUGUGCCUGUCAUGAGUGGGAAUGUGACAACGCUCGCAUGCAAAUUUUAAAUUAUUCAGAAAAGUGAACAUGUGUCAUGAACUUGGGCAUCAGUGUUUCUUGUAGGUGGAACAAGUGUUUAUCAGAAUGUUGUUUCUCAUUGAACGUCCUGUGACAUUUUUAAUGAAUCAGAAAUAAUAAAAAAUGUAGUUUGUAA